AUGUUAGUGAAAUUGCACGAAGCACAUCUUGGUAUUGUUAAGACAAAACAGCGUGCCCGUGAAAUACUAUUCUGGCGUAAUAUGAACAGUGAUAUUGAAAACUUCAUUAAAAACUGUAGCAUAUGUAACAAGUUUAGAAAGGCAAACUGUAGAAAACCGCUCAAAUCUCAUGAUAUUCCGUCGCGUCCGUGGACAAAGUUAGGAGCAGAUUUACUGGAGUUCAAAGGAAAGCAUUAUUUACUUUGUGUAGACUAUUACUCUAAAUAUCCAGAAAUUGCAUUGCUUCCGUCAUUGUCUAGUGUAUCGACAAUUUCAGCAUUUAAGUCCAUGUUUGCCAGGCAUGGUGUUCCGUCAGAAGUUGUAAGUGACAACGGACCGCAAUUUGCGUGUGCUAAUUUCAAGAACUUUUCACAUGAAUGGGACUUUAUUCACACAACUUCAAGUCCACGUUAUGCUCAAUCCAACGGAGAAGCUGAACGGUAUGUACAAACAAUUAAGGAUAUGUUCAAGAAAGCUGAAGAAGGACAAAGUGACAUUUACAUUUCCUUAAUGGAGUACCGUGGAUCUCCUAUCGAAGGAGUAGGACUUUCACCCGCACAGUUGUUGUUUAACCGACAGUUGAAAACAAAACUUCCCAUGUCAACGGAACUUCUCGAGCCGAAAGCUUUUGGAUCAAAACAAAAAGAACUAAUGGAACGUCAAAAACGUCAAAAACACUACUACGACAAGACGUCAAAACCGUUACCGAGUGUUGCGCCAGGAGAAAUUGUCCGCUUUAAGAAAGAUGAUAAAAGUACUUGGGAACCAGCAAUAGUUGACACAGAACACAGUAAACGUUCUUAUGUGUUACGCGCCGGAAAUGAUAAACUUUAUCGACGAAACGAAAACACAUCUUAA